ACUGGAGAUGGGGGUGGCCACGAACGCGUGGAGGGCGUGAGAAGGAUUCCGGAUUCUCAGAGGAAUCCCUGGGAACUGAGGGUGCUGAAGCAAGAAGCGAGGUGUGAGAGCGCGAAGGAGCGUUGAGAGGGCGCAAGAGCGUGGCUGACCCUAAGACUGCGCCUGGAGGUGGGGGAGAAGGUGGAGCACAAGACAGCCCCAGAAGCAUAGCCGCAGCCCGAUUCCGGACGCCUUUCUCCCCAGCCCGGCGCUGAGCUGAUGGCCCAAGUUCGAGAAGCUUCCUUGCCCUCCGCCUCUUCGGUCCGCUGGAGCUCCGGAGGUAGGGGAGGAGCCUCACCCGUGGAGGCGGCCGUGAAGGCUGGGGAGAUGGAGGAGGAGGAGGCGGCGGUGAGGGCGAUGAAGGCGUGCGCAGGCCGGGAAGCUGCGGAGGUGAAGCUGCAGCCAUUACCAGAGCGCCAGCCCGCGCCUGAGAACUUGCCUUGGCGGAGCAGCAGCCGCGGCGAGGAGACGGCGCUCCCUUCAGCCCCCCCGCGCUGGCUCAGCAGCUCCUCGCCCCUUAGCCCGCGCCGCAAGCCCCGCCUUCGGCCCCAGCCCUGGGCGCGCGCCCGAGGCCCGCCCGCGCUCCCGAUCCCACCCCCGCCCCCGGUGCAUCCUGCCCCGCAGCCUCCCAGACCCCGGCCCUGGCGCAGACCUAGCCGCAGAUCCCGCCCGGCGGCGUCCAGGCCCCAGGUGCGGCAGAGCUGUCUCGGCGACUUAGGCAGCUCUGGGGAUCGAGGUGGCUUUGGGGACUGGCUGCUGGAGGUGGAGUUUGAUCAGGGUCCCACAGGCUGCUCUCACGUGGAGAGCUUUAAAGUAGCAAAGAACUGGCAGAAGAACCUCCGGUUGAUCUACCAGCGUUUCGUGUGGAGUGGGACCCCAGAGACGAGGAAGCGUAAGGCAAAGUCGUGCAUCUGUCAUGUAUGUAGCACCCAUAUGAACAGACUCCACUCUUGUCUCUCUUGUGUCUUUUUUGGGUGCUUUACUGAAAAACACAUUCAUAAACAUGCAGAAACAAAAGAGCACAAUUUAGCUGUCGACCUCUAUCAUGGGGUUAUAUACUGCUUUAUGUGUAAGGACUAUGUAUAUGACAAAGACAUAGAACAGAUUGCCAAAGAGACAAAAGAGAAACUUUUGAAGUUAAUAACUUCCACCUCAACAGAUGUUUCUCAGCAGCAGUGUGUGGAGUCAGGUGUUGAAGAGAAGCGAUCAGGCUGUGAGUCAAAGGAACAGGAGCCAAAAUUGGUGAAACCCAAGAAAAAGAGGAGAAAAAAGUCAGUCUAUACUGUAGGCCUGAGAGGGCUAAUCAAUCUUGGGAACACCUGCUUUAUGAAUUGCAUUGUCCAGGCACUUACCCAUAUUCCUCUACUGAAAGAUUUCUUCCUCUCUGACAAGCACAAAUGUAUUAUGACGAGCCCCAGCUUAUGUCUUGUCUGUGAGAUGUCUUCACUUUUUCACGCAAUGUACUCUGGGAGCCGGACUCCUCACAUUCCCUAUAAGUUACUGCACCUGAUAUGGAUUCAUGCAGAACACUUAGCAGGGUACAGGCAGCAGGAUGCCCAUGAGUUCCUUAUUGCGAUAUUAGAUGUGCUGCAUAGACACAGCAAAGAUGAUAGUGUUGGGCAAGAAGCCAAUAACUUCAACUGCUGUAACUGCAUUAUAGACCAAAUUUUUACAGGUGGCUUGCAGUCUGAUGUCACAUGUCAAACUUGCCAUAGCGUCUCUACCACAAUAGACCCGUGCUGGGACAUCAGUUUGGACUUGCCUAGCUCUUGUGCUACAUUCAAUUCACAGAGUUCAGAGAGGGCUGACGGCGCAGUGAGUAGGAAUGACCACAUACCAGGCAUCCCCUCACUCACAGACUGCCUACAGUGGUUUACAAGGCCAGAGCACUUAGGAAGCGGUGCCAAAAUCAAAUGUAGUAGUUGCCAAAGCUACCAGGAAUCUACCAAACAGCUCACAAUGAAGAAAUUACCCAUUGUGGCCUGUUUUCAUCUGAAGCGGUUUGAACAUUUAGGCAAACAGAGACGAAAGAUUAAUACUUUUAUCUCCUUUCCCUUGGAGCUGGACAUGACUCCAUUUUUGGCCUCCACUAAAGAGAGCAGAAUGAAAGAUGGCCCACCACCACCAGACUGUGCGCCCAACGAGAAUAAGUAUUCCUUGUUUGCAGUGAUUAAUCACCAUGGAACUUUGGAAAGUGGACACUACACCAGCUUCAUCCGGCAACAAAAGGACCAGUGGUUCAGCUGUGAUGAUGCUGUCAUCACCAAGGCUACCAUUGAGGACUUACUCUACAGUGAAGGGUAUUUACUGUUCUAUCACAAACAGGGUCUAGAGAAAGACUAGUCUUAUCAGGCCACUUACCAGAACAAAGUUAAAGAAAUAGGCAAGGAUCCUACCUGAAAUGGAAGAUGACAAUGCCUAUACAACAAUAAGCACCUCUUGAAAUAUCACAAAAACCUCUUGGAAGGAACAGUGACAACAGCACCUAUAUGACAAUUAGCACCUUGAUGUAAAGAACGUAUUUUACCACGGCCUGUGGGAAAAAAUGAAUACUAGCUGGUGACCAUUCAGCCUUAAAGGGGAGGAGGGAGAAGUGGUGGAAAAUGGUCACAUAAAGCAGUUAAAUGAAAAGAAUGUUUUAGGUGGGGAGAGUGGGAAUAGAAAUGUUCUAGAACUACUAUAUGUCAUUUAUUUCUGUAAAAUAUACUGUGGGAAAUCAGGGAGUAUUCAGCAAAAAGCUUCACCAUUGGUAUUCCAGCUGUGGCUGACGAGAUAGUUUUGGGGGAAAGGAUAUUUUAGAAGAGAUUCUGAAAAGCUUUAAAAGAAAAACAUUUUUUUAUUUUAAAAGAAAAAUGUUUUUAAAUGUUGGAAGUUCUUAAGUUAGAUGUUUUUAAAUGUUUUAAAAACUAAA